AUGGGGACGGUCAUUAUCCCCGUUUUGCAGACCUGGAAAUUGAGGUUCCGGGAGGUGAAGCGACUCGCCUCAGGGCUCGCCGCCAGGAGAGGAGGCGCUGGGAACCCGCGCUACUCCCGGGUCCGGGGGCGCAAAGCUGGGCGCGGAGACUCUCACAAAGACCACGGCGUCUCCUUCCUGGUUUCUUCCGGCCGAGACUGUUGGUGUUUGGGAGAAGCAGUGAGUCCUGGUGGCGGCUAUAUCUACAGAAAAGAGGAAAUACACAGUCGGGGGUGGAAGCCAGGAACGUGUGUUUCCCCCUCGUGUUUCCUUCAGAGUCUGAGGAGAAGGAGACACAGGCUGGGUUUCCUCAGCUACAGUCUUUUUUCUUUCUUUUCCCACCUGUCACAGGGGACCGUGAUUAGGGUAUUCUCCAUUCCAGAGGGACAAAAACUCUUUGAGUUCCGGAGAGGAGUUAAGAGGUGUGUGAGCAUCUGCUCCUUGGCCUUCAGCAUGGACAGCAUGUUCCUCUCCGCAUCCAGCAACACUGAGACUGUGCACAUCUUCAAACUCGAGACUGUGAAAGAAAAACCUCAGGAGGAGCCCACCACCUGGACCGGGUACUUCGGGAAGGUACUCAUGGCUUCCACCAGCUACUUGCCCUCCCAAGUAACAGAAAUGUUCAACCAGGGCAGAGCCUUUGCCACAGUCCGCCUGCCUUUCUGCGGCCACAAGAACAUCUGCUCGCUGGCCACAAUUCAGAAGAUUCCCCGGCUCCUGGUGGGAGCUUCCGACGGGUACUUGUACAUGUACAACCUGGACCCCCAGGAGGGAGGCGAGUGCACCCUGAUGAAACAGCACAAGUUGGAUGGCAGCAUGGAGACGACCAACGAAAUCUUAGACUCAGCCUCUCACGACUGCCCGUUAGUGACCCAGGCCUACAGCACAGCUGUCACCACAGCCUACACAGACGAGCUGGGAGCAGUGGGUGGCACAUGUCUGGAAGAGGAGGCCAGCGCUCUGCGGCUGGAGGAGGACAGUGAGCAUCCUCCUAUGAUUCUUCGGACUGACUGAACUUGACCUGUGAACUCUGACCCCCAAAGCAGGGAACACUGGCUUGAUGGAGGACUUUGUGUUAUGCUGCUAUGAACUUUGACCCGAGCUGGAGAGAGGAUGGCAGAGACUUUAAAAAAAAAAAAAAAAAAAAAAAAAAGAUUGUAGCUGUAGUCUCAUUCCAUACUGUUGAGAAAUACAUCGUUUUCACUUCAGUGGCUUUUAAUCCUGCUUAGGAAUCUUAGCUUUUUGUUUUCUCUUUUUGCCAAAAUUAACUGUUUGGUGAAGCCCUUGAAACCUUGCUUUGCAUGCAUUAACGUGCCAAGCCAGAGUAGGAGAACUAGAAGCCACUUUAUGACAGUGGCAGUCGUUGGGUUUUUAAAAUCUGUAUAGAAUGAGGAGUGCACACGAGGAGGUGGCAUCGUGCAGAGUGGUCUGGGUGUCAAGGCGGGUUCUGCUCGGGCGGGUCCAAGAGCCCUCUCUGGGCUUGCCAGGCUUGGGGGCAUCAGCCGUGGGGAGGAGAACUCUCUCCCCAGAGCCCCCCGUGGGCCCUUUUCCCCCAUUUUAUUUUGUUAAUUAAAUUCUUUCCAAAUUGGAUUAUUCUGGGAUUUCUUGCUUGCUGGACUUUUAUCUUAUUUUCCAUGUGGGUAUUGGAGGAGAGGAGUUCUUUCUGGUAUUAAAAAUCUUCCUUUCGGACAGCACGUGAACUUGAAAGAACACCUCAGAAGGCCAGAGCGAGGGAAAGUGGUCUCAGUUGUGUAAUUAAAUUACCUGGUCUUUUAAUUUUCCUGUUGAAUAAGUGGGGUGAUGGGGGAGGGGGUGCUUGUUCUUAGGGAAUUUUAUAGCUAUUCCCUGUACCCAUGGAGCACAGAAUUACAGCGUGGAGGGCACCCAAACUGCCCUCUGACCUUGAGCCCCGCCGUCUGUCAGGGGCUCUUCCCACCUGCAUCAGGAAUACUAGAGAUAGAAACUCCGGGGGGUAUGGGCGGGAGGCUGGCUCUGAGCACCUGCUUCACAGGGUGAUAUGUGCCUUUUCUAUUUUAAUCUUACAGAAUUGUUCAGAAAAGUGACGGGAGAUUGUGGUCACAGGUCCUAGUGUUAGCCCAGCUCCCCUUUUCAUUUUUACAGAGUUACAUAACCGCAGAUACCUCAAACUCUGCAUUCCAAACCAAGACAUCUAGCAGUCCAAGUUUUGAGGCAAUUCAAGUGGCAUUAACGGUGUAAAAGAUCAUUCUAGAAUCUUUGGAAUGGUGACGGUUAAAGACAGAAGUAAAAAAAAAUACAUGUAUAUACAUAUUCUGGAUCCGCCCUCCCUUUUCCCUUUGUCAGGCUUCUGAGCAGGCGAGGGCCGAGCGUCCGCUCCGGGUUGUGUUGGUCGUGACGGUCGCGUGGCCUAGAGAAGGGGAAGAGGGCAGUCAUCGGUGGCACGGACGGCCCACCCUACAUGCCCGACCCCGAGGUGGAGGCCUUGGUGCAGAGGGCACGCAGAGUAAGUCCUGACUGGAGCGGAAAUCUCUAGAAGCACUGGUUACGGCGGCCACCUGAGGUGCUGUGCUAGUUGGAGAUGAAGGGAUACGCUCUCCUUUGCCCAGCGGCUGGCACGCCGGCCUGCACCCUCAUGAGCCGUGAGCCUCCGUCCCAGGUGUGACAUGCACGCGUCGGCUGAGCCCCGAGCCGGGGAGGACUCGCGGGGCCCGCCCGGGACACUGCCUGUGUCGGGCCUGCAAGGCCCCCUCUCGGUCCCCUCUGGAGCAAGGCAUUGGACUCCAGGUCUUCAGUGGCGCAUUUGGCCGGGGUGAGCGUUCACGGGAAAAUCAGUGCAAAGGGGCGCACGGCGGGUGGCGGGCCCUGCGCUCGGGCCUCCUGAUUACCGAAGACAGAACUGCCUUUCCCGUGUGUUAAACACUGCCCAUCGGGGCGUCUGCUGGUUGGCCCCCGCACGCGCGGUGACGUUGGGAGUCGUCGGAUCUGCGCUGUGUGUCUCCCGGCAGACGUCGUGCCUUCGUCUGACCCAGGAGCCUGGGGAUGCCCUUCCCCGUCUGCCGCCAUUUCCUCCACGGUAGGAUGGGGGGUUAGAACAGGUGGCCUGAGCGGCUUGCGACUGUCGCCCCUGCCUGCCCCAGGGCCCCGGCAGGGCUGGCCGGGUGCUGCUUUGAGCCGGGGCGUCAGGAGGCCUGAGAUGCGUGCGGGGACGGGAAAGGAGAGAACCCGAAGAGGCUGCCGAGAUGCUCGUUAGCAGAGCUCUUGCCACCGCCCUGCAAGCUCAGACGGAAAGGCACCGCAACAAACCCGACGUGGCACUAAUUUGCUCAACUCCAAACCAUACUCCAAUGUUAACUUUCGUCAUAAUGUUCCAAGCUCCCGAAGGAAUCACAGGAUAGGAAACAGAACCCAGACACUUCCCUCAUAGACACGUGUGGAUUGGGACCAAACCGAGUUUUCUAAAGCCGUGGAAGCCACGGUUGGAGUCGGAUUGAAGCUGGAGUUGGAAACACCUGCGUGCAGCCCCAGAUUCUAGCACCUUCCUGGUGGCGUGGCCUGGGUGGGCCCCCCGGGGGCCCGGGUCUCCUGUGCUGGACAGCAGGACGAUCCCUGUCUGGCGGGCGGUGCCCGUAAACCCUGAAACAGAAACGGGUCUUACGGAAUGCAACCAACGGUGGCUCUUCAGUUCUCGAUUCUGAAUACUAAGCUGGUCGGAAAAGUAAAAUAAGAGCAACAGAAGUAUACGGCACAUGGAGGGCAUGUGGCUCCCCUUCGUCCCCGCCUUUCCCGCUCCACCUGCAUGGGUGUCGGGGAGGGGGCUGGGGAGACGCACAGCCAGAGCGCUGCCGGUCCAUGGUCCCCCCAGGGCAGAGCCCCCUCCGCCAGCGUGGGACACCGGCUCCCCUGGAGUGCUGAUUUGCCCCGCGCCCGCCAAGGGCGGAGUUCCCAGGCUUUGCCUACUCAUGGAUCCGUUCGGGGAGCAGACGGGAAGACGGGGGCUCUUACAGGAAAGACUAGGUGUGCUCGGGUCACAGCCCCGCAAAAGGAGACGGGCGGUCAGCGGCGGGAACGGCGUCCCUGGCCCCACACUGCUGUCCUUGGCCGCAUGCGGCCCCUGCUGGGUUGGUCUGUGUGUCCCCCGCCCUAAGUGCCCUGAGGCCCCGUCUUUGGCAUGCAGGGAAUGACAGGAACGCUCAUUUAAAAUGUCUUUGUGACACUGUGGCUAGCACAGCUGAAAAUCCAAAUACGUUAUUUGCAAGUGUACUUACUUAAUUCUUAAGAUGGACAGGUCGAGAACUUGUGGUUUGGGUCCGGCGGUGUCAGAGACAUCAAAAGAAAGUGCAUUCAAGCCACUGGUAUUCUGUUUGGGAGGAGUGCUUUGUAUAGAAUCCCCUUUUGUGAACAACGGAUUUCUUACUGAAAAUAUAGAACAAUAGCUUAUUGCCAAGCAGAGCUCACUGAUGGAUAUUUUAGUCCCCACCCAGGUCCUAACCCUUGGCCCAUAUUGUACCUUUUCCUUCUGUAAUUUUGUGAAGCACAAAAAAUUGGAUUUUGAGGCAUGACCAGCCCCUCUUAUCCUUCCCUGGAGGAAGGACCAGGAAAGUCUUUAAUUUGGAAAAAUUAAAUCUUUUUAAAGCUCAGAAUCUAUAGGGACUGUUUUGAUAACGUCCUCUCCAUACUGUUCCAUUCUUUACUGAGCUGUAAUUUAAUGACAUUCCUUCUUACAUUUCCUUUUCAGGCGAACCUGUUGUAUGUGCUGCUGGUGUAUAUGGGGUGGGGGUGAGGUGGGAGUGUGUGUGUGUGCACGAGCGCACAUGCACUGUGAGUAAAUGUGCUUACUGGUCACGUCCCAGACCCAACGGGACUGGAAAGCCCAUUGCUGUUCGCAUUUUACAACUGCAUUAAGAAAUUAAAACCUGUGGUGUCCUUUUCUCCCCCCACCCCCCAAUUGCUUCAUUCCCUACUCCCAAGCUGUACAUCUCUUUUGUACCAUAUUUAAAUGCACUGUAAUUCUACGUAGAACAUUAUGGCAAAAUAGCAGAAUCCUGAAGUCCAACUGAAAUCUUAUAAAGGUUUUCAUCCAGAA